CUCCUGAUCCCCUGAUCCUCCCUGCCUCUUGACCCUCUCCAGCUCCCUGCACCAUGCCUCCUCCUGACCCCUCCUGUUCUCCCCACCCUGCCUCCUACCAACCUCUCCUACUCUCCCUACACUGCCUGCUAGUGACCCCGAAUCCCCAUCUCCUUCCCACCCCCAUCCUGCCCCCUACUGACCCCCAAAUCCUCUAUCCUGCCUCCUAAUGACUCCCUCCUGAUUCCCCCUGCCUCCUGACCCCUUUCCGCCUCCUAUUGACCCCGAUUCCCCCCGCCGCCUACUGUCCCCCUUCUGCUCCCCCCACUCGCCUCCUACUGACCCCAAUUCCCCCCGCCUCCUAAUGACCCCCUCCUGAUUCCCCUGACCCCCUGCUCCCCCGAUCCCUACGCCCUGUCCCCUCAUUCGGAGCCCCGGCAAACCGCUCCGUCCCACCCCGGGCCCGGGAACCCUCCCCCCGCCGCCUUUGUGCGCACUGCCGCGCGGGCCCGGGCUGGGAGUGGGAGUGGAGAGACCCUCGCCCGGCCGGGCCCCGCCUCUCGCUGUGUGUGCAAGCCAGGGCCCGCCCGUCGGGCCGGGCUGGCUGAGGGCGUGGCGGCGGUAUAAGUACGGCGGCGGGCAGCCGCCGUCGGUCUCCUUCGCCCCUCUCGCUCGAGCAGGAGUCUCCGGGACGCAGCACUCCUGGAAUUACAAAGCGCCGGCCGCCGCCAUGAGCACGACCGCAAGCAGCAAGAGCUCGUACCGCAGGAUGUUCGGGGGCGGCAGCCGCCCCAGCACCUCGGGGAGCCGCUACAUCACCUCCUCCAGCCGCUACUCGCUGGGCAGCGCCAUCCGCCCCAGCAGCAGCCGCCUGGUCUCCUCCUCGCCCGGCGGCGGCUAUGCCACCAAGUCCUCGGCCCUGCGGCUGCGGAGCAGCCUGCCCCCCACGCGGCUCGUGCACGACACCGUGGACUUCUCGCUGGCCGAUGCCAUCAACACGGAGUUCAAGGCCAACCGCACCAACGAGAAGGUGGAGCUGCAGGAGCUGAACGACCGCUUCGCCAACUACAUCGACACGGUGCGCUUCCUGGAGCAGCAGAACAAGAUCCUGCUGGCCGAGCUGGAGCAGCUCAAGGGCAAGGGCACCUCCCGCCUGGGGGACCUCUAUGAGGAGGAGAUGCGGGCGCUCCGCCGGCAGGUGGACCAGCUCACCAACGACAAAGCCAGGGUGGAGGUGGAGAGGGACAACCUGGCCGACGACAUCCUGCGGCUCAGGGAGAAGUUGCAAGAAGAGAUGAUUCAGCGAGAAGAAGCUGAAAACACCCUGCAAUCUUUCAGACAGGAUGUUGACAAUGCCUCUCUGGCACGUCUUGAUCUUGAGCGCAAAGUUGAGUCCUUGCAAGAAGAGAUUGUCUUCUUGAAGAAGCUUCAUGAUGAGGAAAUCCGGGAACUGCAGGCCCAGAUUCAGGAACAACACAUCCAAAUUGAUGUAGACGUUGCUAAACCAGAUCUCACUGCUGCCCUGCGUGAUGUCCGUCAGCAGUAUGAAAGUGUUGCUGCUAAGAAUCUUCAGGAAGCUGAAGAAUGGUACAAGUCCAAGUUUGCAGACCUCUCUGAAGCUGCUACUAGGAACAAUGAUGCCCUCCGUCAGGCCAAACAGGAAGCUAAUGAGUACCGCAGACAAAUACAGUCCCUCACCUGUGAAGUUGAUGCACUUAAAGGAACUAAUGAGUCCCUGGAGCGCCAGAUGCGUGAAUUGGAGGAGAACUUUGCUGUUGAAGCUGCUAACUACCAAGACACUAUUACCCGUCUGCAGGAAGAAAUUCAAAACAUGAAGGAAGAAAUGGCUCGCCAUCUUCAUGAGUACCAAGAACUGCUGAAUGUCAAGAUGGCUCUUGAUAUUGAGAUUGCUACCUAUAGAAAACUGUUGGAGGGAGAGGAGAGCAGAAUUACCAUGCCUAUUCCAACUUUUGCUUCCCUGAACCUGAGGGAAACCAACAUUGAUUCUCACCCUAUGGUUGACACCCACUCAAAGAGGACACUCUUAAUUAAGACUGUUGAAACCAGAAAUGGAGAGGUUAUCAAUGAAACUUCCCAGCAUCACGAUGAUCUGGAGUGAAAACCCUAGAGAAACUGCACCUUUCUCACUUGUGCAGUGAAAAGAUUCUUACCAGCAAAAUUUAAAGUCCCUGUCUUAAAGGAAGAAACAGCUUAAGUGCCUUUCUGCAGUUUUUCCAAAAGCGCAAGAUUAUUAUGCUAGAGAAUAGGUGUUAGAUCUUGCAAACUGACUCUCCCUGAACGUUUAGAGUUGACAAUGGAGUCUAGUUUACAGAUAGCAAUAUCUUGUGCUGCAAUACUGUUUAAGUUUCUGAAUUCAAUAACUGCUUUUUCCAGCACAGUAUGAACAAUUUCACUGCUUCAAUAAAUAUUUGGAAAAUGGC